GUUUGUUUGUGGUGAAAGGCAGUGUGAUAUUAUCACCAUCUACUGCUCUUGCAGCUGAUGAAGAAUCCUUUACAUGGACAUGUACAUACAAUGGUAGUGAGGCAGUGUCGGGUUUUGUAUGGUUGCUGAAUGGAAAAACACUUGCAGCUAUUAAAUCACCAAUAUGUAAACCAUUUGAUACCCAAGAACCACCUUAUUCCUCACUUUAUGAAUACGCCUGUCUUUCUGCAAAUCAGACAACAUUUACAGUAAAAUAUAUUUCUAACAUGAAUAAUGGUAACCGAUGGCAAUGUGCAGUUGUUACACCAAAAUAUAUAUACAGUAAUAAUGUUACUGUAACAGUUCAAGUUUCUGUAAGCAGUGUAAGUUUAACCCCACCUUCUGGAUCUAUAAGAGAAAAUGUUGAGACAACAUUUACCUGUGAGACAUCUACUUCACGACCUGCAACAAAUAUAACAUGGUAUAAAGAGUCUAUAACUGGUCAAAAACAGAUGGUAACAAGUAACGUUUCUUCUACAACAGACAGUGUUGAUGGUCUAGAAAAAUCAACAAGCGUGCUCAAGUAUACGCCAUCAAGAAGUGACAACACAUAUAAGAUAUACUGUCAAGCUUUAAACAUUCCAGGAAGAACACCAGUGAUGUCAACAAAAUUCAAAAUGGAUGUUCAAUUUAUCCCGGAAACUGAACCUUAUAUACAAACCUAUUCAGAUGGAAGUACUUACAAAGUUAUUGAAAAUAACCAAGGUAAACUGUCAUGCAUAAUCAAGGGAGGUAAUCCACUAGCAACAUUGACAUGGAAUUGUUUUAACAAUGGAUUGUCUACCGAAACAAAUGGAACAACAGUUACCAAGACAGUCACCUGGUCGGCUGCACGUGGUCCUGAUAGAUUAUGUACCUGCCAAUCUUCACAUCCAGUGGCUGGGACACAGUCUGUUUCUGUCAGUGUGCAGGUUUUGU